CUUCUUUACUGUGGAAAUAGGAUCGGAGAGAAAAACAUUUUUUUAUUCCUGAUAAAGAAGAUUGUUGGGAAGCUCUUUUUUUAAAAUCUCAUAACUGUGACAUAGAUGGAUUUUAAAAAGUGUUAGAUCUUUCCAAUGAACACUAAUAGAGUACUCUGCUCUUGGCUGGAUUUUUCAGAGAAUGGCAAUGGUCUCUGCAAUGUCCUGGGUCCUGUACUUGUGGAUAAGUGCUUGUGCGAUGCUGCUCUGUCAUGGGUCGCUUCAGCAUACCUUCCAACAGCACCACCUGCACAGACCAGAAGGAGGGACAUGUGAAGUGAUAGCAGCACACAGAUGUUGUAACAAGAAUCGCAUAGAGGAGCGGUCACAAACAGUGAAGUGCUCCUGUCUACCUGGGAAAGUCGCUGGAACAACCAGAAACCGGCCUUCCUGUGUUGAUGCUUCCAUAGUGAUCGGGAAAUGGUGGUGUGAGAUGGAGCCCUGCCUAGAGGGAGAAGAAUGCAAGACACUUCCUGAUAAUUCUGGAUGGAUGUGUGCUACUGGCAACAAAAUCAAGACCACAAGAAUUCACCCAAGAACCUAACAGAAGCAUUUGUUAUAUAGCAAAGAAAAAAAAACAACCUGUGGAAAGUACAUUUUGAGAAUUUAAAACAUCUUAUACAUUGACAAGCCAAAUGGAAUACUUAUUUGCACUUUGACUGGUUACCAGAUAAUCAGUGCGAUUACUGUGUGUAACGAAACAUCCCCAUAGCAAGAAGACUCAAGAGUUUUUGGUGACACCGUGGGAAGUGGUUUACGAAAGCAUUUUCUCAGUGAAGCUUUUGGGAUCAUGAAGAAUGAUUGGCUAUCUUCUAAUUUGGAUCUACAGUUCCUUUGUACCAUUUGAAAUAUAUGUACAUAUAAUAUUUUGAAAUAUUAUAUAUUCUCUUCAAGAAAUGAACAAUACCACAAUGUGAGAAGGCUGGUGUAGCCCUUUUAGUUCUGGAUGUUUUGUCAGUUUUGUUCUGUUCAUUGUUUCUUUUUCCUUUGAUGAGGAAGAUACGUGACCUUGUGAGAAUUCAACAUGGUGUGGACACUGGAAGGCCAGCUGCAGGUGGACUCCUGGAAUCUGAGACAUCAAGACACUGAAUCAGAGCUUCCUUUAGUUUCUACCAAAUGGCCCAAGGAAGCACAUCAUCCUCUUUUCUUGUUUUCUACCAUGUGCAAUAUUAGCAUGCAAGCUUGGCUUACAUACCCAUACUUUAUAUUCAAUUGAUAUAUAAUAACCAUUCUAACCUCUUCCAGGAAAAUAUUUUUAGAACUACUAGCUUUUCCACAGAUAAGAAAAUGAGGAUUCUUGAGGGAACUGCUCCACCAUGCUAUUAAGACUCUGGCAGAGUUAUGGUAGGAUGUAGAUCCUAUAUUAAUAAGUCCUGUAAAUACAAUGUCUUAGGGCUUUGUAUAGCUGUCCUAGACUGCAGAAAUGUCCUCUGAUUAAAUCCAAAGUCUGGCUUCGUUAAUGACAUAGUGCUGUAGCAACAAGUCUUACCAUGGCACCUCUUUCUAUGUUUGAUUUGCUUUUUCCUAGAGUAUUCAGAUCUCUUCUGGUGAGAUAGGAAGGCUAUGAAAGCAAUUAGGUCUCAGAAUGAUCAAUGUGACCAAAUGUUGGACAGCCCUAUUAAAGUGGUAAAUAACUUCUUUCUAAACCUACUUGUCCUAUUUAUUUGCCAUUUGUUCUUUCUGAAUUGCUUUAAUCAAAUCCAGGAAAGACUCUGUUCAGAAACUUGCAUUUAACCAGAACUUCUUGCACAAGGUCUUUGCUUCCACCAUAGCUGCUAUUUCAAAUCCUAAUAUUUUGAAAACUGUAAGUUCAUUACCGUAACUUCAGUGUCCUCAGCCAGCAAAAUUAAAUGUCCAAUCCUAUUAUUGGGCUUCCACAGGUUUCAUUGAGAUGAUACAUAUGGGGUUCACCCCUCCAAAAAAAAAUAAUCCAUUGCUUUUUUUUUUUUACUUACUCAGCUGAUGCUUAUAAGACGAUGUCUUAAGUUCUUGUUUUCAAGGGGAAAUUAUAAUGGUACUUUACAUUCCUAUCACUUAUCAUAUCACUUACAAGUAUAUCUUUUUCUCCAAAACCUGUUCUCUGGUAUGUGCAUUGCUAGGGCCUCUUAUUAGAUCAGCAGCAAAAUGAGGUCCCAAAGUCUGGACUUUUUAAAUAUUAAACCUCAGGUAAAAUUGAGAGACUCCUUCAUCUCUCCUAAGAUAACCUGAAGUCUGAUUGAAUGUGUAAACACCCUAACCAGAAAAAUUGAUUCUGUAUUUUGAAGGCCUUUGAAAGCAUCCAGAGAUGGAAAUAGAAUCUUGAUUGUAAAAUCUAGGCUUCUACUUUCAUAAAUAUGUGCCAAGAAGGUAGCAUAAAAUUCAUAUGAGAAAAUCAAAAUUUUCUGAAUUUGCAGCCAAGACCCAUAUAUCAAGAAAUAUAUUACAAAUUCCAUCUGUGAACUUUGGAUUAAAAUUAAAAUCAUAAACCCAAAGAGUUGUCUAAAACAGUAUAUCUCAAAACGUGCAGGGAAAAAUUCUACUAUCACAUGUGAUUUGUAAAAUUUUUAAACAAAACAAAAUAGAAAUGUUUGCUGGGAGAAUUAAUAUACCAAAAGAUAUAUGUACUAUAUCUUUAAGAAAGACUACAAUAAGAGGGUCAAGUAAAAAGCCCCCAGAGUCUAUGCAUUUAUGCACAUGGGGGGUCACGAUGCUAAUGAAAAGUACAUGCUAAGUGUAAUGAGAAACUACAAGAAUUUAUUUCCAGGUGAGGAUACAGUCAUUGCAGUGUCAUAUCUUCAAUUUUUUAAGACAACCAGAAAUCUAGAUUUUUACAAAAAAUUUCCUCAGAUUCUUAAAAUUAGAUUAACUACUUCCAGUUAAAGGGCUGUAAGCCCUAUUAUUGUCCAAAAUUUUCUGAAUACAUGGACUUUACUAUGAGAUUAAUAUUUCUUGGAGUCAUCUUUUAAAAGCAUUAAUCCCAAAUGAAAACCCCAUGAGAAGGAAGAAGACUGCUCUCUUUCCUAAGGCCUUACACAUACAGACACUGCACAUAACUCACAGUAUGUGGUACUCACACCUUUUCCUGUCCUGUAAGCAGAAGCUGUAAGUCAAUAAAAGAAAUAAUGUAAAGGGCUACAUCUGUGAGCUCACUUCCCAUUGAUCAAUUCAUGCAAUCACCUCCCUUGAAAGACCUAGAAAAAGAAACAAGGGAAGAAAGCCCACAGCAGAAUGAAACAACCAUCCAAUA